GCUCGACAGAGGAGCAGGUGGAAAAGCUGAAGGUGGCGGCCGAUACGAUCCGCCUCUGUCUCGCCGCCGGACUCCGUGACUUCGUCCUGGAGGAAGACUGCUUCGGCCAUCGCCACAUACCGGCCAGCAAGGUGCACGACGGGCGCGCUGCCUACGUCGUUUCCCCGUGCGAGGUCGUCAAUUUCAUUUGCGUGCAUGACAACGAAACGCUGUACGACAACACCGUCUGGAAGCUGCCGACUGCCAUUGCCUCGCCUGCAGAGCGGAUGCGCUCCAACUGA